UUCUCCGACAAUUUAUCUCCAUUAAUUACCAAAUUCUGAAGUAAUUUGUGGCCUUCCUUUGGCAAGAAGACUCUCCGACUAGUCAAAACCAACAGUUUUAUCUUGUGCAGCAGCCCAUGUUCCCGUAUUGAUCAGCAGCGCACGCAUAUUCAAGUAGCUAGCGGGGACGGAUCAAUAGCUAGCAUAGCCGGCCAUGUUGGGGAAUCUGUGCUAGCCAUAGCACGUCAUCUAUACUUGCCUUUGACAUUUCGUGCCGACAGUGCGGAUCUGUACACUCGCAGAUAUUCUUAUUCGAUCCGUUUCCUCAUUUGGAUGAAACUGAUAACAUGGAAAUGUGGUUUUUCAAAUAAGAUGACCAGUCCACGGGAAUGAUUUGACCCACAUCCACAGCCACCUUGAGCAAAACCAAAAUGGAUUUCACAGGGAAAUUUUUUCGACGCAAGUCUCAAGAUGAAGAGGCUAUAAAAGAGGUGGAGUCGGUCGAGAGCAAGCGAUCUUUGCGCUCCAGCAUUUCAGAGGGAACCUCGAGUUUUUUCGGUACUGUGCUUGCAAAGAAAAAUGGCCUUAUGAGUGAUAUCAGUUCCAAGUUUGAAACUUUGGGUAGAAGUGAGGAUAUGAAUAUGAGUCAGUCACGUGCACAGGAAAAACGGGAAAAAUUACGCGAUUCACAUCCGAAAAAUAUGAACAGUUUUCCAGCUAACCAUGUGAAUGGUGGGAAUACCAUGCAAGAUGGGGAAGUGAAGGUACAUAAUGCAAAUAUGAGUUUUGAUGAGCCAUUGUACCAGCGGCGUGGCUCUAAGGAAAGUAUUGCAGAGAAAAAAGACUCUAUGGAGAAAACGGAGCGUUACGAGGCUCAGCGAGCUGGGUCAGACAGUGGUGCAUCUUCUAUGACGGAGGAGCGUGCACCGGGUGAUCCACCAUUUCGGAUACGGCGCCAUUCCAUAGUCGAAGAUAUCGAAACAGAACCACCAUAUCGUAGAGAUUCCAUAAUUGACGACUUCGGCUUCAGCACGGAGGAAGAAAACGACAAAGUACCUGACCUUCCGACCGCUGAAGAAAUCCAGCCGAAACCGGAAACUUCAAAAACCGGGGAAAGAUCAGAAGUGAGGAGAAUUAUUCAUGCAAUGGGAGAUUUAAUAAGUUUUGAUGAUGACGCUUUUGAGCGGGGCAGUGUUAGCUCGCAGUCGGACUACGGUGCAAACCCGGUGUAUGAUCAGUCGCCGUCAGAAUGUUCUGAAAAAUCUUGGAAUUCUGCUUAUAGCUCUGAAUCUUUACUUGACGAAUUCUCCGCUGAAUGUAAGGAAUUCAUGGCACGAUUCGUCGAUGGAAUAUUUAAUCCUCGUGGCAAGGAUGGGUUAACAAUAUCGCAACAAGAGAAAGCAAAGUUUGGGGAAUAUACACAGCAUGGACCUGGGAGAUUAUGGUUUGCCCGGAUAGUCAACUCACAGAGAGUGAAUAACAAAAAGGUUGAUGAAGAGAUCUUCUACCAACUCGUACAAUACUUUGCCGUGGUUUUAUUUGAAUGUCACGAAGCCGAGGAUUUCUCGCCGGCCAAGACGCUGAUGAACAUGUGUUUCACUUUCUUCUAUGAAGAUGUCAGUUUCCGUGUUUUCAACGCUUCUGGCCAUGCAGGUGUUCGCUACAAGCAUUUCCUGUACAGUUACCUGAAGGACCAACCAAUAUGGCAGUCACUGCGAUUCUGGAAUGCUGCAUUCUUUGAUGCGGUACAGAGCGAACGCUCACACAAACCACUUUGCACAAGGAAAGACAACAGGGAGGCGAGAACAACUGACAAGGAGUUCCAGGAGAAUAUUACAUUUGGACAGUUAGGAACUUUCACGUGUAACAUGCGGGCGUUUGGUCUGCAGAAAGAUCUGUGCCUUGAGUUUCUAAGGAAACAGUCAACUAUAGCCAAUCUCAGAGAAGAACAGGUACACAUGCUGCGAGAGAAUGUCGAGAAAUGGAAAGAGUGAAUUUCUUGGCCAGCCCUUGUCUUACCAUGACAGAAAAGAAAGACCUCUAUAACCAAGACGUCAUUUGUCAUUCUAAGUGCAAAGCAAUUAUCACAAUCUGGUGACUGGCAAGCGACCAAACUAAACAUUCGUGUCUUGCGUAUAGAAAAAUCUGCUAUGAUUUUAAAAAGUAAUAAUAAUUUUAUCAUGAAAUUUGAGCCAUCCAUCUUUAAUAAAUAAAAAGGAAAAUUAUAACAAUAUCAGUAUUUGUUCAUACAAUGUUAGAUUCGAUAACAUUUUUGGACGAUCUAUGUCACAGUUUGAUUAACAUGAAUAAUGCACUUCAAAACCUGGAUAUGUGUACAUUUCACUCUUGGAUGUAUUGAUACUGAAGACGCCUUUAAUCUGUGGAGGACAGCAUUGUAUAUUUCAAAUUUAUCGGGACUUUUAGCAGGAGGUAAAUUUAUUGAAAAUGUAUCGGAUUGCAUAGUAAAUCCUUAGUGAUGAAGAAUGAAUAGUUGGAUGUUCUAUGUUUCUGUGUAUGUAUGUAUAUAAAAAAUAAACUCAUUAACUUAGCCCACUUCUGUCUAAAGUCACCUUCUUAAAAAACAGUUUUCGGCCUAAAUUCUUUUGGUCAUAGAAGAAGACAGCCUCAUCGGCUUAUAUCGCUACCUUAUCGAAAUAGUAUGCAAGGCAGCCCAGGCCUAUAGUUUGUUUGAAAUAUCCCAAAACAUAAAUGGUGUGUUAUUACACCUUAAACCCCCAUCUCCACAUUACACUAAUGGUGAAAAUAAACAAAACUGGAUGCUGCAACCACUUGUUGGUGUUGGUCAGCAAUCCACCUCAGAUCACCCAAAGUUCAAGGCUGCGUGAAUCCAUCAUUGCCAGGUGUUUUUACUGCUGAACUGUCAUGUUUCAGGAGGCCUCAAACACGGUAUACACUAACCAGGAAUUGAAAUGCCAAAUCAUUUGUACUUUUUGAAUAUUACAUAAUCUGCCAGUAAUUAUCUUCUGUUGCAUUUAUGUAUACAAAGUGUUUAUAAGUAGUGUUAAGUUUUUAUUUGAUAAUCUAAUGAUAGUAUUUUAAUGGGAGUAAAUGUUGUUAUCUGUGGGAAAACCAUCAUUUGAAUAUGCUAACCUUGUCAAAAUGGGCUCGCUUCAUCACUCCUUAAAAUAUCUCUAAAAAGGUCAACCAAGGGUUAUAUCAAAAAGUAUUGCCAUUGUCCUAAUGAAAUGAUUUUCAUCACACUUUAGAAAUACAUUUUGAUAAUACUCCAUAACUGUCUUUCAACUGAUGUUUUUUGGGGUGGCUAAGGUACCAUCAUGUUGGCAUUUAGGGCGGCAUGUCAUGCUGUACAACAGUUGGUUGUCCAAAGAAGUCUGUUUUAGGAUUUUCUUGCUGAGAAGAAAAUCGUAAAUUCUUUAGUUGUUAUCUCGUUAAGAAGGUUUUUUUGAAGUAAUGAGUUUUUGGUCUUACUUAGACCUCAUUAUAAGAAUAAAAAUUUUACUAAGAAAAUACAGAAGACCGCAGAUGGCAAAAUCCUGAAGUAAUGUCAGUGUUACACCACUCGUGCUCAUGUACAGUCUGUCAAUCGGUUUAUGAUUUCACUGAGCACCUUGCUGUUGAGCUGAGCUGACGUAAUAAUGACAUUGUUUUCCGUACAAAACCAAUAGUCAUUGGUGAUAACUAUUGAAAUAAUAAGUAGAGGGUGCACUGUGUUCACGAUUGUUCUUGUAUAUGGAUGUAUUGUUACUUGUAAUGUAGAGAUAUGUGUGUACAUGUAAAUGUAUUUGACGAUCAUUUCGUCUUGAAAGCUAUCAAAUUCAAUUACUCUUAGGAAGCAGACGAGCAAAGAACUUGUAUCAUUUGUAAAUACUUUGUGCAAUAAUUUAUUCAUCAAUAGCAUUUACGUUUGACUCAGAAUGUAAAUAAUAGUGUUAGUAAUUCAAUGGUUUAGCAUUUGGCGCGAUAGGGGAUUGUUAGGGACAGUGUCAAGAGUUUAUUGUGCACAACUCUCAAGUUAGAUAAUCUAAUUACUUGGAUAGGAUGUCUUCGUAAAGCCAAGUUUUCAAUGUAUCAUUGAGGCUGGAUCUAUUCUUUCUUCACCAAACAACCCAUAGUACAUGUAUGUCGGCCAUACAACACCCAGACAAAAAUAAAAUAAAUUUUUAAAACAGCAUUACUUGAGAGGAGAAUCUUCACUAAAGGAUAUGUGUGGGUCCACUGUUUUCGAUGCAAUGACAUGUUAUAUUCAUACUUAGGGUACUUUAAAUAAGGGAGCCCACACUUAGUGAUGUGAAACCACAUUUUACGACACACCUGUCACCAUGAUACUGGUUCCCAAUACAUGACUCGAGUCCACAUUUCAGGACAUGUGUUGGCAUUUUGUGAUGCGGGUCCUCAUUUCAUAAUACGAGUCCUCAUUUAAUAAUGUGAUAGUAGUCAUUAGUUUGAUGUAUAUGCAUUUGUAGAUGUGUUAUGGUAAUAUUUGUAAAAUGCCACAGUGGUAAUCAAAACCAAUAGUGUUUGAGGCAGUUACUGUGUUACGUGUGACGAAAGGAUUUUAUAAGUGAUGACAGAUGGUACAACCUAUAUCAUGGACUUUUGGCUAAGAAAAUGUCCGCCUCAGAACAUUUCCAUUUGUUUACUUUUCACUGAGACUUAUACGAGCGUUCUCACAGUUCGAAGUUAAAACUGCUCUUGGUCAGAAGGAACAUGAUUUGCAACAUCCAGGCAAAAUUGUAAUGUCUCAGUAGGUUUCCUCAGUUGGUGAAACUAUGAACAGGGAGAUAUCGAAUAUGCUCUAUCGAUUGGUGUAAAACUGCGUGAAGUUGAUAAAGAAAUAUCAAGGGAGAUAUUUAUUGAUUUCACUCUGUCAACUGGUGUAAAACUGUGUGAAGUCAAUAAGAUAAUGGGGAUAUCUAUAGUUUCACUCUGUAGAUUGGUGUAAAACUGUGAAGUUAUUAAGAUUAAGGGGUAUAUCAUACACGUUUGUCAAGAUAAGUCUUACCAGACACACCAGGCCUUUAAACUUGAUAUGGUAUAUUGCCAUCCAUUUAUAAUAAUGGUGCCAAGUUCACUAGUGAUAGUCCUGUUGUUAUAUCAAUAUAGUUAUCAAAUGAAUGUUGUGACUGUUGUUAUACACUCUACGAGGAAUAGAACUGUAGAUUAUUACUAUAACGCAUCAGGGUGAAGGCAUUCGAAUGAGUUAUGUCGGCAACAUUGAAACGAAAAUGGUUUUGGUUGUAUUUGGCCUUUUUAACUUGAUCUUUGGUGUAUUGACAUCCGUUUAUAACACUGUUCAUAGAGUGUAAAUAGCCAAUUAUAAUACAUGCAAUAUAUGGCACCCCAAGAGGCCUCUUCAAAAUUGCACCCGAUACCAGUAUUCACGAGGGCGACCUGUAUAUAGUGGUGCCGAGUUGGUAUUUGGCCUAUGAUGGAUGGCCUUAUUUUACGAUGACUAAAAAGUUUACCGAAACCUUACCAUUCAUUAAAUGAGUGAUUCGUGAAACCAUCAUCAUUUAUGCUCGCAGUUUGGCCAUAAUAUCCUUAAAAAAUCCACCACGGUGAAUGAGGUCGUCAUCGAGCUACUAUGUAUAACAGAAUAUACUGCCACAAGGAGUCUGGAGUCAUGACUGAAUUACUGAAAAUCUAUAAAGGCUGUGGCUGUCUGUGACUGUACAGAUACAUAAUGUAAACCCUCUUCAUCUGAAAUUUCUACGCUCGCCCCUGGGUUUUUAGAAACUAAUCUCACAGUCUCACAGUUUAGCUGCCAGCAUUUUUUUCAAACUUGGGAAAGCAUUUAUUGUUGAUUCAAGAUCCGAGAAGGUUUGAACAUUGUUCUGUCUGGACUUAAAUGCCUGUCACUAUAAGGUGAUGUGAUGCAUGUUGUUGAUGCGGUUAUGGUCUAGAUAUAUUGCAAUAAAGUAGACGAUG